AUGGCGUUAAUACAAAGAGCUGUGAAAGAACUUGUAACCAAAUCUUUAAAGGUACCGGUACCCACACGUUUUUCAAGUUACAAAUCAUCCGAUAUUGUUAAAUCUUUAGAUCAAUAUCCUGAAGUCGAAGUAUUAAAGAAUCCUCCAGAAUGGAAAUACGUUGAACGCCUGCUGCCCAAACCUGUCAUACCCAAAGUAGCUGAAAAGCCGGAAUAUCCAUCUGGCUGGAAACCACAAUCAGUUGGUCUGAAAGACAUGGACAAGUUGGAAUACUAUGUAGCCCGUUCACGUAAUCAUAUGGUUCCAGUCUAUUUGGAAACAACAUUCAGGGGACAGCGCAGGGUGACAGUGCUCAAACGUGUACAAGGCAAUAUAUGGCAACUGGAAAAAGAACUCCGGGCUGUGGUAGAAAAGGAACGUAAGGGUAAAAUGUGCGCCACCCGUGUCAACGAAAUGAGCGGACAGAUUCGUAUACACGGCGACUACGUUGAUGUUGUGAGGGAGUAUUUAAAAUCAAAGGGUUAUUGA